AUGGAUAUGGGAGACACGAUGAUGAUGGGGGGGACUCCAACACACUCCCCCCUGAAUGCUUCUGGAAUCGACUUUUCGAACGAUACUCAAGCCUCGAUGUUCCUGGGAGAGAUCUUGGACGACGGAGUAUUCCAGGUCGAUGGAAACAUGUACGCGAGGAACUUUUGGUUUGGCAUUUGCGCACUCAUUGCGAUUUGUGCUUUCUUCAACGUAACACAGAAGAUCACUUUCAAAAUGAGUGAUAGAAUUCGAGCUGCUGCCGCAAACCGGUUACGGCCUGCCACACCCUCCAACAUGUUCUCGAAAGUGUUUGCUUGCCUUACAGCCAUCGGCCGCGAAGCAACCUACAUACAGUAUACACCAAAGAGCAGCAAGUUCCUGAAGGUCCCACCUGUUGGGACCGUAAGUCUGUUGGUGGUUUACCUGGCCUGGGUUUUAUUACUCGAAUUUGUCAACAACAAUGUCGAGGGGGCGCAACACUAUACGUCUUUGGGAGUUCGAGCCGCCUGGUUGGGUGUCGCUCAGGUGCCAUUGUUGAUCUUGCUGGCGGGCAAAAACAACUUGAUCGGUGUCGUCAGUGGUGUUUCCUACGAAAGAUUAAACGUCCUCCACAGAUGGGUCUCAAGGGUGCUAUUACUCCUCGUUACUCUACACAUGCUCUUCUUGCACGUCUCGUGGAACGCAUACGAGCUUGGUCCUUUGGAAUACUCGACAGAUUCAUGUAUUCCUACCGGCUGGGCAGUGUAUGCAAUUUUGAUUUGGAUGAAUAUCAGCACAGUGGCACCAAUUCGGAACUUCUCCUACGAAUUUUUCGUUGUUCAGCAUAUUAUCACGUUUUUCGGAUUCAUCAUCGCCGUCAUGAUGCACCUCCCAAGUACAGCGCUUUACUCCCGGGUUUACAUUUACAUCCCUAUAGGACUUUACCUCCUGGAUCGCAUAAUGCGGUCUGCCAGAUAUGCGUGGAAUAACGUCCGGCCUGGGAGAGCCACCUUGACAGCUCUCGAAGGAGGUGUGACCAAAGUCUGCAUCCAAAGUAAGGCAAUCAAGAAAUGGAGCCCUGGCUCGCAUGUGUUCCUUUCCAUUCCUAAAUUUGGAAUUGGCCAGUCUCAUCCUGCAACCAUUGCUUCAGUCCCUACAUCCGAUAGUGGGGAACUGGUUUUCAUUCUCAAAGGGCAUCGAGGCUUUACGUCUCGACUUCACAAAUCAGCCACAAGUUCCUCGAGUUCCCUGGCCCCAACAUCAGGCAAAGAGUCCAGUGCUGCUACCUCGACUGUGCAAAUUAGUCAUCUGGCUUUGAUUGAUGGACCUUAUGGGAGCUCACACAACGACUUCGCCGCUUUUGAUACUGUUCUGUUAGUGGCAGGAUCUACUGGUGCCACUUUCACCCUAGCAAUCCUGCUAGAUAUUGCAGCCCGAGCUCAGAAGAUGAAACUUCCAGUGAAACGCAUAGUUUUCCUUUGGAUCGUCAAGAAUACAUCUUGGACAUCCUGGAUCUCAAGCGAACUGACCUCUGCAGCCGCGGCACUAAGAGCAGUUGGAAUCGAACUUUGCAUCCAAGUUCACGUAACCUGCGACGACAACUUCACAACAGGAGAAGAAUACCAAAGCAGUUUGGAAUGUGGCUGUGAGUGCGAUAAGAACUUAGGACCAUGUUGCUGCGUAAAUGUCGACGAGGGGAACGACAGCAUCCGCGAGAUCGUCGACGAGAAAGGCCAAUCCGUCGAUAGCAAGGACAUACAAAUCAACGCCAAGUCUCGAUCACAAUCUUCAAGUUUGAAAUCGGGGAAGACGACGAGGGCCCUUCCUUGCGCAGAGUUCCACAGUGGGAGACCAGAUUUCUACGAGCUGCUCUGGAGUUUGCUGGAGAAUGCAGAGGGCGAGACUGGUGUUGCUGUCUGUGGACCAUUGGGCUUGAACAGCGAUGUGAGGACGACAGUCGUACGAUGUAGCGAUGAGAGGGCUGUGCACAAGGGCUCUGGAGCUCAAGGGGUAUAUUUACAUGCGGAGUGCUUCGGCUGGUGA